UGAGGAUCGUACGGCCCUGCUGCGGAAUGUAGUUGAGAUGCAGGACCAUCAAACAACCAUCCUUCAGGACAUCCAGCAAAGUCUGGCCCUGUUGGUUGGGCAAGCGUAGGCUACGUCGCCAAUGUCCGGGCCUGGUGCCUGGCUCGUUGCACAUCCUCCUCCUUUUGUCCCAUCGAUGACUGGGGUAUCCCCAUAUGUAGCCCCAUCAUCGGUUGCGAUCGUUUCCCUGGGCAUGCCGCUAUCAGGAGGGAUCACAGCAGGAUCUAGUUUGCAGGUUCUGGUACGGACAAUGUUCACCCAAUCUCCGUUGCAGGUUGCGGUUACCACACAGCCUGCACAACCGCAGGGUAGACAACCCUUGCAGCCAGUGCAGCCGCCUGUAUCACAGGGUCCACAGCCCAGUGGGAUGCAGGGACCGGGAAAAACACAGUGGGUAGCGAAGACGACCAUCGCUGCUCCUAAACCCUUCACAGGGGAUAAGAGAGGCGAAGACCUCGACACAUGGUUGAGGGCAGUGCCAGUCUAUGUUAGGUGUAAACUUACCCUGUCGCACGAAGAAGUGCUUGUGGCUGCCUCCUACCUAGAGGGUAGUGCAGCAAGAUGGUUGAGUGGUUUAGUACAACUGCAGGGGUAUGGUCAUGACUUUCGCGCUUGGGCAGUCACCCAGAAAUCGGAUGACUUCCUUGAGCUAGUGGAGGAAAGGUGGCAUGAUCCUCAGGAGGCCCAAAGGGCCACUGGCGCGAUUCUGACACUGCACACGCGGCAGUUCAAGUUAGUAAGGGAAGCCACCGACGCUGUUGAGCGUCUGAUCUAUGUCCCAAGGGUGCGCUAUGAACCCCAGGUUCUACUCACCUCCUACCUGAGAUGCUUCUCUUUGCCUCUCAGGAACCAGUUGGCAGGUGAGGCCAACAUCAAUAUGCAUAACUUUCCUUCGUUUAGCAAGAAGGCCCUAGACCUUGAGGCGAAGAUAGGGCAUGGACAGGCACCCACUACAGACGGAAGGAGGAAGACACUGCCUCCUAACUGGAAGGCGAAGGGGCGCAUUAUGUUUGUCGAUAACGAUGGUUCUACCAUCGAAUUAGACGACAACUUCCAGGAAGGAGUAGGUGCAGAGGCAGGCAGCGUGGAAGCUUCAAGGGGUGGAGUAAUCGCUGCUGUAACUCAGAAAGGUAAGGCGACCGGUAGACGCCGAGGAGGCUCCCGGUCAAGGAGUCAAGUUGACCCCAAUGCUCCCCCAGGGGAGAAGGCGGGUCUCACAGAGGACGUGUGGAGAGAUCGGUACACACGGCACGCUUGUAUUCGUUGUGGUCAAUAUGGCCAUAAUCAGUUCAAGUGCCGUAACAAGAAGGUGACCGACAAGAUCCCGCUUGUGAUGGGGCAGGCGGAGGGAACUCUGAGGAUGUGCAUUGACUAUAGGGACCUCAAUGCCAUCACUCUUAAGAAUAGAGAGCCCCUACCGCGCAUCGACGAUUUGCUCGAUAGAGUGCAAGGGUGUCGGUACUUCAGUGAGAUAGAUCUGAAGUCUGGGUACCAUCAGACUGCAAUCCGGCUUGAGGAUCAACACAAAACCGCAUUUCAGACCAGGUACGGUCUGUACGAGUUUGUGGUGAUGCCUUUCGGCCUUUGCAAUGCUCCUGGCACCUUUCAGCACGCUAUGAAUCGGAUAUUCCAUGACUACUUGGAUAAGUUUGUCAUCGUGUACCUCGAUGACAUACUUAUUUUUAGUAUGACUAUUGAGGAGCACGUUGCACACUUGGACAAAGUCUUUAGUCUCCUGCGACAACACAAGUUCAAGAUCAACAGUGAGAAGUGCGAGUUUGGCCCCACCCGUGUCUUGUACUUGGGUCAUGAGAUAUCCGCGGAAGGGUUGAAGCCCGAUGAUGCGAAGGUGGCCAGCAUUCGUGAUUGGCCACGUCCUCAGUCUGUGACUGAGAUGAGAUCUUUCUUAGGAAUGACAGGCUACUAUAGGACUUUCGUUAAGAACUACAGCAUAGUGGCCGCUCCUUUGACUGAUCUGACCGCCUUGACACCCCAUGGGAAUGGACUAACGAUCACCACAGAUGCCAGCCAAUAUGGUAGUGGCGCCGUGCUUGCACAACAGAAGGGGCCAAAGUUGAGGCCUGUAGAGUACAUGUCCAAGAAAAUGUUGUCUCAGAAGUUGGCUAAGUCCACCUAUGAGAAGGAACUCUAUGUGGUUUACAAGGCUCUGACCCAUUGGAGACACUAUCUCCUUGGGAGGUUCUUCAUCCUCAGGACUGAUCAUCAGACCCUGAGAUGGAUGAGAACUCAGUCGGUACUCUCUGACGCUCUCAAGCGUUGGAUCGAAGUCAUUGAGCAGUAUGACUUUGACCCUCAGUAUCUUAAGGGGGAGUACAACAAGGUUGCGGAUGCCUUGUCACGUAGACCUGAUUUCUUAGGUGCGCUGAUCACUGAGUUCGAUCUCACGGACAAUGUUACUCAGUCUUUGGUGGAAGCCUAUCGCGAGGACCAGUUCAUGUUUGAAAUCAUACGUAGACUUGAGGCGAAGGACAAGAAGACUUCAGUCGAGUUUGAGUUGGUCAAUGACUUGUUGUUCCUUGAGAAGGCAGGGAAUAAACGUUUGUGUGGCCCUAAUAGCAACUCUUUGCGUAAUUUAUUUUUAGGCGAGUGUCAUGAUGCCACCGGCCAUUUUGGGUACAAGAAGACCGCAGCUAAUCUGCUGCAGCGGUUUUGGUGGCCGACAAUGAUGCGAGAUGCCCAGCUGUAGGUGGAGACUUGUCAAGUCUGCCAGAGGGACAAGCCACGUACGCAGGCUCCUCUUGGGCUCUUGAAGCCCCUUUCGAUUCCGGAAAGGCCUGGCGAGAGCUUGUCCAUGGACUUCAUGGAUACGCUGAUAACCAGCAAGAGUGGGAUGAGACACAUCUUCGUUAUCGUGGAUAGAUUUAGUAAAUAUGCUAGAUUAGU